CACCAUGUUGUGGUGGUGGCGGGGGCCGGCGGCGGCUGGGCCAUGGCGGGCGGGCGGCGGGCGCGGGGUACCAGGAGAUGCUUCAGUGGUGAGACAUCUUUUACAAUGCAAGUUAGGCAUGAAAUUCAUCAACUAACAUCCCCUUCCUCACCCUGAUCUCCAACAGACUUCCUGUAACGCUUGGAAGAAAGGGUCAGGGGAGAAGGGCUGAAGGGCACCAUGAAGCUGAAGCAGCGAGUUGUGCUGUUGGCCAUCCUCCUCGUCAUCUUCAUUUUCACCAAGGUUUUCCUCAUCGACAACCUGGACACCUCUGCUGCCAACCGGGAGGACCAGCGCGCCUUCCAGCGGAUGCUGGCGGGGCUGCGCGUGGCGCUGGACCCGCGCCUGGAGCACACGCUGCAGUCGCCCUGGGAGAUCGCGGCGCAGUGGGUGGUGCCCCGCGAGGUGUACCCCGAGGACACCCCCGAGCUGGGGGCUGUCAUGCACGCCAUGACUACCAAGAAGAUCAUCAAAGCUGACGUGGGGUACAAAGGGACACAGCUGAAAGCUUUGCUGAUACUUGAAGGAGGACAGAAGGUUGUCUUCAAACCCAAGAGAUAUGCCAGGGAUUAUAUAGUGGAAGGAGAACCCUAUGCUGGCUACGACAGACACAACGCAGAGGUGGCAGCCUUUCACUUGGAUAGAAUCCUGGGUUUCCACCGAGCCCCGCUGGUGGUUGGCAGGUUUGUGAAUCUGCGCACAGAGAUCAAACCAGUGGCCACGGAGCAGCUCCUGGGCACCUUCAUGACUGUGGGCAAUAACACUUGCUUCUAUGGGAAGUGCUACUAUUGUCGGGAAACAGAGCCAGCCUGUGCAGAUGGGGACGUCAUGGAGGGCUCAGUGACCCUGUGGCUGCCGGACGUUUGGCCCCUGCAGAAGCACCGGCACCCCUGGGGCAGGACGUACCGGGAGGGCAAACUCGCCAGGUGGGAGUAUGACGAGAGCUACUGCGACGCCGUGAAGAAAACGUCCCCGUACGACUCGGGCCCGCGCCUGCUCGACAUCAUCGACACGGCCAUCUUCGACUACUUGAUCGGCAACGCCGACCGGCACCACUACGAGAGCUUCCAGGACGAUGAGGGAGCCAGUAUGCUCAUCCUGCUGGACAAUGCCAAAAGCUUUGGAAACCCUGCCCUGGAUGAAAGAAGCAUCUUGGCUCCUCUCUAUCAGUGCUGCAUCAUCCGGGUUUCUACCUGGAACAGGCUGAAUUACCUGAAGAACGGAGUCCUGAAGUCUGCCUUAAAAACUGCCAUGUCGCAUGACCCCAUCUCACCCGUGCUCUCCGACCCUCACCUGGACGCCCUGGACCAGCGGCUCCUCAGCAUCCUGGCUACAGUGAAGCAGUGCACAGACCAGUUUGGGCCAGAUGCUGUGCUGGUGGAAGACAGGAUGACUCUGUCUCACUUGUAAUUGUAGCGGAACACGAGAUGAAACUCCUUUUUUUAAAAACAAACAAACAAAAAAGCGAUAGAAAAACAGCACAAUCAGUUCAGAAGGGCUGUGGCCAAGAUGGACUGACAUGAACAGGAAAGCUCCCGAGCCAGAGGAAGGGAGGUGACACUGGCUUUUUCCUCGGGCUGGCACAGUGAGAGGUGGGAAGGGCCUCGGAUGGCUGAGCCCGCAGUGGAUGGUGGCCGCUGUGGCGUGUCCGUUGCCGGCAGUGGGCAUCGCGCUGGAUACAAGCGGCUGCCGGUGCUGGUGCGGCCGUGCGCGGCACACACGCUCCUCUGGGGACUGAAUCCGGAGGGGACACACAGAUGAACAGGACAGUCCUCUCCCCUUCUCUUCCCCCUGCACUCUGGCGAGUUUGUCUGAUUCAGGGUUGUACACAAUCAGCUCUGAGCUGGUUGGGCAUUUUAUUGCUUCUCUAGAGAACGAGCAAGGGGCGAAUAAAAUAACCAUUAGACUGAAGAGUUGUGCCACCACCCCCCGGGCUGGGAUGUUCUUCUGGUUGUCUGAGGGGUGGGAGAGGGGACCUCUGCUGCUCACUUGGCUUUUCCUUGAUAAAAGGCCAGGAAAGGGGGUUGCCUCGUGUGUGAUAAUGCUUCAGUGUUUUUGCUGAAGUCCUAUCAAAGAUUUAUCCACAGGGUUGGAGAUUUAGGAGAGGACAGGGUGGUUAUACAGCACUUGAUAAUUAAGGGGUUAUAGUAAGUUUCCAUGUGUCUUGUCACUUGUUUCUUAAGGAAUCUGGCAAGGUCUGAGUAGAGAAAAUACCCUUGCAGUCCUGUGUCCAUUAUAACCAAAUUUUCAUUGUCUUGUAGCUGAGGAGGACAGGCUGUGUCCUUGGAAGCAGUUCUGUGUAGCGAGGUCAGGCUGCCUUACUGUGAGCCUUAAGUGCUGUGGAGCCUCUGGGCACGUGGGACUGGGGGAAGAGGUGUUUGCUGGACUUCCCCAGUUACCAGCAGUAACCUGACGUGUGCAGACAACCCUGAGCUGUGGUCUGUCUUCUUCAUCUCACCUGAGCUUCCUGCUGCUCCCCGUGCCCACAGCUCAGCACUGCUGCUCUUGGAACACCGGUGUUUGGGUCCCACGUUCACCUGGUCUGGCUGUGGCUGAGCUCAGAAGUUGUGCCCACUUCCAGGAGGUUUUCUGCCUUCCCCAGCUGCUUCCUGCAACCACCACAGCGGUGUUCUGCCUGGGAUGGUCAUCCUGGGCUCCUCACUAAUGCUUUUGCCAUGGAUAGAGAAGAGUUGGCUUUUCAGGGCAGGCUUGCAGCGCUCAUCUUGUGCUAGUCCUGUUGUCCUUCAGCACUGCAGCCUGUGCUGCCAAUGAGCUUGUGUCAUAAAACUGAUCACCUUGGGGCAGGUCUCAGUUUGUGUCUCCAGAAGAGAAGCAGCUUCAUGACUAUUUCCAAAUUGAACAGCUUUGCAUCAGCGUUCAGCCGGCAUGGUCCCUAAUGUAAGGAAAGAGCUCCCUUCCCAAAGUGAUUACAGGUUACUGGACUUCAGAGCAAGAGCACCAAAAUGUCAGUUUGAGCCUUUUGCCUUGGUUUUCCUGUCAGGAUUUCUCUAACUGCAGUGUGGCAGGCAGGUAAAGCUGUUUUUGCACCUUGGCCACACCUGAUCCAGGAGGUGUCAGGGAGAGAGUUUAUCUGAAAAAUGCAGGUAUUGGUUUAUUUUGGUGAAGUCUUUUUCUCAUUGCAUGAGCAGAGUAUCUUGAAAGUAGAAUGUGGCUGUUUACCUGAGACUGAAUUUUAUGUUACUCUUGCUCUCUUCUGGACUUGGCCACGUCACAGAUGCGCCCCAGAGCAAUGAGGUGAUGGGAUCUGGAGUUACUUGCUGGAGUUCCUAGUCAGGAUGGUGACACACAGGCAGCUUUGAGGACACUGUGGAGCUCGUGCUUCUAUCACUUGAUAACAGAACAUGCUUUAGAAGCUGUGGGUGGUGCCUGUGGGGCAGGAGCAAGUGCUGGUUUAAACUGUUUCCCAGGAAAUUUCAGAUGAUUUACCCAAAGGGGAGAUGGUGAAGCACAUGGUGGUGGCUUGUAGCAUUUCUAAAAGCAUACUCUUCUCUGAGCUUAAUCAUGAGCUCUCAAUAUUUUGGGAGGGAUCUACCAAAAUUUAAUUUUUGAUUUCUGUAUGAUUGCUCUUGGUAUUUACAGUUGAUUUAAUAAUGAGUUCAAAAAAAGGUCCUUCAGUCUUUGAAACUAAAUUAGUGUUGAGGACUUACGUGUUGCUCUAAGUUAAAGCUUUUGCUGUCAGAUGGGACCUGGGGAUAAGUUUUUCCCCAGUAUAAAGGUCAAAGAUAUAAAGCAGGGUAUUGGUUUAUUUUGGUUUACUUGUGGUCAAAGGGCAUGAAGUCCAGCAUUAUCAGUUCAAGGAAGCAAGAAAUGGUCAUUUUUUGGAGUUGGUUUUUUAUUUGUGAUAUUGAUGCUUCUGGUUGCUGUAAACAUUACUGGAGGUUGGUGUUCUGCAGCAGGAAAGCAAAAUAAAUUCCUCUCUUAAACCAAAAUAAGGAAGAUCUGGUUUUGGCCUUGUGACAAUUUCUGCCCUUUUGGCAGUGAUGGUUGUUUUGCUUGAAUACAGAACCGCGAGAGAUUUUAAAUUGUAACCAUUGCAAAGGAAAUGAGGAGCAGCAUUCACGUGCCAACAGGGUCUGCUUGAACCUCUGAAAAAUAACACUGUUUGCAAGGCAGAUGCUCUGUCGAGGAGGCUUUUGUGACACCUUCUGAUCCUUGUUCACUGUGCACGUGUCACCCGCUGGCCCCAGAUGUUACACACUGGUGGUGUCGAGGUCAUCAGUGAGAUCAGAGCGCUGGAAGCACAGAAGUCAAGAACUAGUUAAAGAGAGCCUCAUCAGCCAUCUGCUAUUUACCUCCUCCUGCCUGAGUCAGCCAUCGGGGGGAGGAGACACUCGAAUCAGCUCCCCUUCCAGCAGCUGAUGAACUGGAGUGUGUCUUGCCAAACAAACUUCAACUCAGAAGUACUAAUUUAUUAAGAAGGUAAUUUAUUUACAGCAGCAGCUGGAGCAAGAUGCUGGGAACAGACUCCCCCUCUAGGAUCUGCCAGAGGAGGCCCCUGGGAGCUGCUGCACAAAUGGAGUUGCUAAUAAGCAAACAGAAUGCAAUCAUGACUUUCUACUCCUAUCCCCCGGGGUCAGAUCCCACAUAAAGCAACAUUGUGUGAAUAAAGAUUUUAAUAAAGCAGCAUUGAUGGAUUGCUUAA